ACACCCAGUAAAACACAUGGCAUUCUCUCCACAACAUCACCACCAGCUUCGUCCUCAGCCUCAUCAUCCUCACCCUCUUCUUAUCCGACACCCUCCUCAUUCCUUAUAAUGCGCACCCUCAUCUUACCUCACCCACCAUGCUUCUCUUCUUCCUCCUCUCUCCCUCUCUCACCUCCUUGCAAUUCUUUCCUCUACAGUUUCAGACCCAACAAGCGCUUCCACUUUCUCAAGCCUUGUUCGUCCCUCAAGCAGACCAAGAAGCAGCAGUCCCUUCAGAAGACCCCCACCAGCGCACCGCAGAGCCUCCGGUGGUUCUUGAACCCCAAAGGUGGUGAUGAGGAUGAGAAGCUCAAGGGAGAUGGACCAGAUGGUGAUGGGGAAAUAGGUCUGGAGGGGGACACUGCGGUUAAAGGUACCAUUUUGGCUGGAGUUUUGUUGGUUGGGGUAGUUGGCGGGUUUGCUACUGUUGGGUAUCUUUACAAGGACCAGAUCAAUGCUUUCUUGAACCAGUUUUCAACAUUCAUUGAAGGAUAUGGGCCUGCUGGAUAUGCAUUGUUUGUGGCAGUUUAUGCUGGAUUAGAAGUCCUUGCCAUUCCUGCCAUUCCGUUGACCAUGUCAGCUGGUCUUCUUUUUGGCUCUGUCAUUGGCACCAUCAUUGUCUCUAUUAGUGGGACGGUGGCAGCAAGUGUUGCCUUUCUGAUUGCUAGAUAUUUUGCUCGUGAGCGUAUUCUUAAACUGGUUGAGGGAAACAAAAAAUUUCUUGCAAUUGACAGAGCAAUUGGGGAAAAUGGCUUCAGAGUUGUCACCCUUCUUCGUUUGAGUCCUUUGCUUCCAUUUUCCCUUGGAAAUUAUUUAUAUGGAUUGACAUCUGUAAAGUUUGUGCCAUAUGUGUUGGGAAGUUGGCUUGGGAUGCUUCCAGGAACCUGGGCUUAUGUGAGUGCUGGUGCGUUUGGCCGAGCAAUAAUUCAAGAAGAAUCAGAGAUUGCUUUGGGUGGAGGAAAUAGUCAGCUAUUGACAUUCGGAUUGGGACUGUUGGCAACUGCUUUGGCAGCAGCUUAUGUGACACGACUAGCAAAGGUAAGAAGAGAACAUUAUAGUGUCUUUUAGGAUGGUAAAAUCUGCCCUAAACAUCUUUGAGCCUCACUUUCGUGUCCUUUAAAAGCAUGAGAGAUACUUAGGGUGCUGUCCAGUGCCAUAUCUCCUCUUCUUAUCUCCUUUUAUUUUCCUCCUCAAUGGUAACCAUGGUGCAGGAUGCUGUGAAAGAUAUCGAGUAGAGACAGCAGGCUAGUAUUCCUUGCCGAUGAAGUAGAAGAUAAAUGUAUGGUUGGAAUUGCAAAAUUGACAAUUGCACUACGGCAUGUAGAUUAUAUAAUGUACAAUACGAAUUCAAUCAAAUAGAAAGCGGUUUUUAGCCUUGUAUACAACCUUCAUUCCUCAGGGGACCUUAUUUCCGAAAGGACAAAAAAAAAAAAAAAAGGAGAAGGGGUCCAAAAUGAAGGUAUUUUAGAAUACCUCUUUUAAUUUUGCCAUUCUUCUCUCUUUUCUCUUCCCUCUUCACCAGCCUUCGAACCCAUGACCUGAGACACAAGAAUGGCAGCUAAAUUGCUUUACUUUGCCAACAGGAUCAUGAGGAAGCCGGUAUUUUAGAAUACCUCUCUUUGGUCUUGUUAUUAUUUUCAUUUGUAUUCCCUCUUCACCUGCCAUCGAGCUCAUGACCUGAGGAAUAAUUAUUUGGAUACUUAAUACUUAUCCAGCAGGACCACAAGGAGGCUGGUGUUUGUUGGUCGCCUGUUAAAUUUAAAAAUAGUGUACAUCGAAUAAACAUUACAGGUGACU